AACAUACUUCCUUUCUUACAAACAGCUGGACCUUAUAGGGGAUUUACAGAGGAAAUAGUUUUAAUUUCUUUUUCACAUAGUAGGCACGCGAUCUAACUGGUCCUUUCGGAAAUAUGGUGAUUAAGAGGUGAACACACGAAUGCUGAGUUAGGGUCAGUAACAAUAACGACAAAUUAGUUAGUAUUAGUAGUUUUGUGACGUCUACAGAAAAAGCCUAGCAAAACAGUGGUGUGAAAAUACAUUUCGCAGGAAGUGUAAAUAGGAAGUGGUGAAACUGACUAAACCUGACUAAAAAAGGACCCAAUGAAGAGCACGCAGGACAACUUGUGAUCACGUUCAUUGUCUUGCUGUUGAGAGGUUCAUAAUAAGAGACAAAGAUGUCAUUUAGUUGCUGGUUGUUGUGCAUCUCUGCCCUUUGGCUCAAAGUGUCUCCAGCUGAGAGCGAGUCAUGGAAUGCUGAGGUUCCUCAAUCCGUGGUCGGCCUUGAGGGAUCAUGUGUGGUGAUUCCCUGCCUGUUUAGGUACCCUGGUCCAACCAAGCAAGCUUCACACUUCACAGGAAUCUGGUACACGGAAUCUCAUGACAAAGUGUACGAUCCCACACCAUCCAAAAUCAGCAGUGCAUUCCAGCAUCGUACGAGCCUCUUGGGUGACUUAAGCCAACGAAACUGCUCUCUGAAAAUCAACCCUUUACGACGUAGUGAUAGUGGCCCAUUCAUGUUCCGGAUAGAGAUUGAAGAUUUCAACAAGUACACAUACUAUCAAAAUAAAGUGUCUAUUACAAUAAAUGAUUCUCUAGGACAACCUAAUAUAUACAUCCCAGAAGAAAUUAAUUCAGGGAAAAGGGUUACCGUCACCUGUUCAGUGUUUCACUCUUGUCCCUCUGACCCACCCAACUUUACCUGGAGCCACAAAGGAACAAUUAGCAGUCAAUCACUGCAGCAAACCAAUGGCCAGUGGAAAAUUACAUCAUCUCUGAGCUUUACACCCUCCAAAACAGACAAUAAGAAAAAACUCACCUGCACAGCUGCUUUUCUGGGAGGCAAGAAAGUUGACAGCAUGAAAACUUUAGAAGUAAAAUAUGCUCCAGAAAAUGUUGCGGUGAUUUCAGAGAAUUCAGUGGCUGAGGGCAGCUCCGUGAACAUGACCUGCUCCAGUGACAGUAAUCCUGCUCCACACACAUAUCACUGGUUUACUGAGGCUCGGACCUUGCUGUCAGAAGGACACACUUUCACACUGAACAAUGUAUCCAGACACAUAGGAACCAUCUACUGUACAGCCAUUAACACAGUGGGACACACUAACUCCAGUCCAACACAGCUCAAUGUAUUGUAUCCUCCUGAGAUUAAAACUGGCUCAUCUUGUACUCUGGACACCUCAGGAGUGACAUGUAUAUUUGUAAUAGAUUCCCAUCCCGCCAGUGAAAUCAAGUUGUGGGGUGCAGAUCCAUCAACGGAGCUGCGCAGAACUAAUGAAGAGAAACAUGGCACUUUGACUAUAGUGAUCCUCCAGGGGGUGCUAGGCUUCUCUGACGCUGUGCACUGCCAAGCCACUAACAGUCAAGGGAACUACACCAUGACUUUAAAAGUGCCACAAUACCCUGAGACAUACAACAGCAAGCUACUGUACAUUUCAAUUGCUGCCACUGUCGUUUUUGUGAUGAUUAUUGGCUUCUUGGUGUGGAUAAUACGACGAUGUAGGAGGACUGAAGCUCACUUAUCACUACAGCCAAAGACAGAAACGAAUGUGAGCAACCAGUCUGAGCCAUCAAGGAAAUGCACAGACGUGAACCCAUGCUAUGAUGGAAGUCAGCAUGUGUAUGGCAACAUGGCACUUGAAGAGCCAUAUGAAGAGGAGUAUCCCUACGAUUACGCAAGUGAAUAUGAAGAAACGUAUGCUAAUGUGUAAAAGCCAAAGAAACGUGUUCAGAGAAGGUGUAAAAGAUGAUGUUUUAAAUUUACAGAGUAAAAUAUUUUAAUCUAUCAUUUUUAGAGAACAUAAUGUAAUUUAUUAUAUUACAAAAACAACACAGUAACAAUCUAAUUACAGUACAGUAUUUUUCUGAAGGACAAAU